AUGGCACCAAAAAAACAAAAAAAAAUAAAAGCAGCAGCAAAGACAGCAGAGACAGACGACGACGAAGCAGCAGCAACACCUCAACCCCUCCCAGAGGAGAGCAGCAGCAGCAGCGAGGAGGAGGUGGUGCAGACGAAGCCCAGGCGAACAUUCGUGGCGCUGUCAUCCAGCAGCAGCAGCAGCAGCAGCAGCAGCAGCAGCAGUGAUAGCGGCAGCGGUAGCGAUAGCAGCAGCAAUGGCAGCAGCAAGCUGAGCAGCAAGAGCAGCAGCAGCAAAAGCAGCAGCAGCAGCAGCAGCAGCAGCAGCAGCAGCAGCGAAGCCAGUGAUGCUUCUGAUGAAGAUGACGAAGACAUAGAUAAGCUGCUGGAGGAGAUAGAGGCGCCAGCGCCCCCCAAGGGAAAAGCAGCAGCAGCAGCAGCAGCAGCAGCAGCAGCAAAGGCAGCAGCAAAAGCAGCACCGAAAGCAGCAGCAAAAGCUGCAGCAGGAAAGGGAAAGAAAGGAAAAGCAGCAGCAGCAGCAGCAGCAGAUGAUGAUGACAUAGAUGCGCUGCUGCAGGAGAUAGAAGGCGACAGCCCCCCAGCAGCAGCAACAAAACCAGCAGCAGCAGCAGCAGCAGCAGCAGCAAAGCCAGCAGCAGCAACUGCAGCAGAAGCAGGUGAUAGCCCUGCUGCAGCAGAAGCAGCAGAAGAAGAUGCAGCAGCAGCAACAGCAGCAGCAGCAGCAGCAGGAACGGGGCGGUUGAGCCGUGCAGCACAACGAAGACAGAAAAAGAAGCAGCAGCAGCAGCAGCAGCAGCAGCAAAAGGGGUCUUCAUCAUCUAGCGAUGAGGCGCCUAAGCCCGCUUCAGCAGCAGCGAAGAAGGGUCCUGUGUCUGCUGCUGUUCGUGCUGCCCAGCAGCGGCUGCUGCUGCUGCAGCAGCAGCAGAAGCUGCAGCAAGAAGAAGAAGAAAGAAUACGCAGAGAGGAAGAAGAACUCCGAAAAAAAGCCGAGGAAGAAGAGAGAAUAAAGAGAGAAGAGAGAGAGCUGCGGGCGAGAAAGAAAGCCGAAAAAAAACAAAAACUAAAGGAAGAGGGAAAGCUGCUGACAGCAAGAGAGCAGCAAAAACAAAAAAAACAGCAGCAGUAUCUGCAGCAGCUGCAGCAGCAGGGCUUAGUUCCUGCUGCUCUAUCACCCACUGCAGCAGCAGCAGCAACAGCAGCAGCAGCAGCAGGAGGUGCAGCAGGUACACCGCAAGGGGAAUCACCUGGUAGCAGCAGCAAAGCAGCAGCAGAUAAAGAAAGAAAAAGAAGAGAAAGAGAAAGAAAGCUGCAGCAGCAGCAGCAACGUGAAGCAGCAGCAGCAGCAGCAGAAAAAGAACGGCUGCUGAAACUGCAGCAGGAACUCGAUUGCCUGCAGCAGCAGCAAAACGCAACACCAACCAAGUCAGAUGAACCUGCUGUGGAUGAUUGGGAGGCGCUGCUAGAAGAGGUGACGCCGGAGCAGACGAGCCCUGCAGCUGCAGCAGCAGAUGCAGGAGCAGCAGCAGCAACAGAUGCAGAUGCAGCAGCAGCAGCAGAUACAGAUGCAGAUGCAGCAGCAGCAGCAGAUGCAGCAGCAGCAAAAGCAGAAAACACAGCAGCAGCAGCAGCAGCAGCAGGAGAGAAGAAGAAGUCGCAGCAGGUCGGUGAUGUACGUAAGAGAGCAGCAAUGGAGCAGGCGCUGCAGCAGGCAAAGGAGCAGCAGCGUGCUGCUGCUGCUGCUGCUGCUGCUGCUGCAGCUGCAGCAGCAGAUGCAGGAGCAGCAGCAGCAACAGAUGCAGAUGCAGCAGCAGCAGCAGAUGCAGCAGCGCAGCAGCAGAUGCAGGAGCAGCAGCAGCAACAGAUGCAGAUGCAGCAGCAGCAGCAGAUGCAGCAGCAGCAAAAGCAGAAAACACAAACGAGAAGACUGCUGCUGCUGCAACACUAG